AUGAGAAGACUUGUGCUUGGAUUAUUAUGUGUAGUUUUGAUGACAGCAAGAAAUGUAAUUUUAUAGACAGCAGAUCAUGGAGUAUUUACAGAAGUGUUCAAAACAUAUGUAUGAAUGUUGGUGUAACAGUAUAAAGGCGAAAUCAAGUGAAUUCGGUGGUAGGUUGUUUGCUGAGUUAUUAAUGAUGGCUUAAAAGGGAGCAACUUUAUAAAAUUUAAAUGAUCAUGUAGAAGAGCUAAGAAAUUAUUUAUCUGAUGACCAAGCUGAAGAUGAGAAAUAUUUAAUGAUAAAUAAUAAGAAUAGGAAUCUGGUUUAUAAGGAUUGGUAAAUGAAGUAGAGGAAUUGAGAUUGUCAGUAGAAAGUAUUAAUGCAAGAAUCAAAGUUUUGAACUAAUAAUAAUAAAUAAUUGAAGGUUUAUUUGAGAAUGAUUAAUUUGCUUAUUAAAAGAGAUUGGGAGAUUAGAAUGUGAUUUUAGAAUUGAUAGAUUAAUUGAUAUAGCGUUUAAAUGCAAUGUCUCAAGAUGGACAUAGUCUAAUUGAGAAGGAUAAUUUACUUGAUGAGAUAAAGGCAUUGGGAAGAGGAAAGCAUGUAGAAGUCUUAGCUUAAGUAAUAUAGUAAAUAAAUUGGUUAGAUAACAUCUCAUUUGGGGAAUGAAUAUAUAGGUAGAAUAAUGGAAUUGUUAAGCAAAUUAAGAGAUGCAGUUCUUAACAGUUUAGAGGCAGAUGAAGUUAAGGAAUAAGAGAAUAUUAGAUUAUAUAAUAAAUUAAGUGGAGAGAUCAGAAAGUAUUUUGUGUAAUUGAACAUUAAAGUUCCUUUGCUGAGAGUACAAGAUAAUAUUAAGAAUUGGAUGCUCAUUAUUAGAGUUAGGAAUAUGAGUUGAAUGUAAAGAUGGAAGGAGUAAAGGAUGUAGGUUAAAAAUUAUAAGAUAGAAAUGAUGAUAGGUUUAAUUACUUAAUAAUUAUAGACAAUUUAUAUUGGAUAGAGUUUAAGAGGCUUAGAAAUUAUUAAAUGAUAAUUUGGAUAGAAUAGUUAGAUGGUCGAUAAAAAGUGAAUGA